GCUCACUAAUAUGGCUAUUGUCAGCCUCCUUCUCAUCUUUGCUGGUCUCACAGGUAUUCACAAUAAAAGUACAGACUUUCAGGUAACGGUGGAAGAAGGAGGUUCCAUCACUAUCCCAUGUUUCUACGAGUUAACGUACACAGACCAUGUGAAAUAUCUGUGUAAAGGAUGUACCUGGGACGACUGCACAAAUGAAAUUAAAACAAAUGGGAAAAAUUCAACAAAGUAUUCGAUCUCUGACAACAAAAAACAAAGAAUGGUUACGUUCAUUAUUCAUGAUUUGGAAACAGAGGACACAGAUUGUUACCGGUGUAGCAUUGACGAAAGAAUUGUUAAAACAAAUUUUCAUCUUCAUGUCGGUAACCAAGGCGAUGCCACGCUCUAUGUGGAUUCUCAAGAGGUGACAGGGUUUAUUGGAGACCAAAUAACCAUCGACUGUCACCAUAGAGGACUUAAACAAAUACAGUGGUGCAGGACUGGUGGUGAAGGACCCACACCCUGUAUCGAAGACUCUGGGAAAAUAGAUGAGACAAAGGUGACUAUUAAUAGAAAUACCCCUGGUGUUAUUACUGUGACUAUGAGUGAACUGAGGGAGAGGAGCAGUGGUUGGUAUUGGUGCACUGAUGAAAACCUGCAGAUGCCGGUGCAUGUAACCAUUAAAGAGAGACCUACCACCACAACAACUGCUGCAGCAACAAUAACAACCAGACAGUCAACAACCACACACAGCAGCUCAUCCAAUCAUCUGCUGAGUUUCAUCAUUCCUUUGUGUUUGCUGCUGCUGAUUGUAACGGUGGCCGUACUCACCUGGUUCAUGUUGAAAAGACGCAAGUCACCAGCCACAGCUGAGGAUGAACAGACAGGAACGUACAGUACUGUGACGCAUGUGAGAAAAACGACAGCCCAGCAGAUAAAUACUAAAGAUGAAGCAGACGUCAUGUACAGCACUGUGUUUUACAUUUCACAACAAAAUACACACCAGGUUGAAGACAAAGAUGAGAAUGUGACCUACAGCAAAGUAGUUCAUCGCUAGUGAAAUUAUGAAAUAACUUUCUGACUUCCUGUCUACUUGUUAAUACCUUUAUCAGUCAUUUGCUGUUGUCCAUCAAACCGUAGCCUACUGCUCUCCAUAUGUACCUAUGAGGAUAUUUCAGUAUGUGUUUUCACAAUCUAUGAUCUGUAUUUGUUAAUAAACAUGAAUAAAGU